AGGCGGGGAGGGGCGUGGUCGGGCCGGUAUCCGGCCGCUGACCUGGUCGUGCUGGGUCCGGGAGGGGAAGCGGUUGGUUCGAGGACGGAAGGGCCUGGGCCGGCCGCUUACGGCCAACCCGCCAGGCGGGAAGGACUAGCCCCCGGAACCGGGCGGAAGAGGGGCGAGAGCGCCCCUUUGUGUGGGGCGCGUCGCGGUAGGCCCGAUGUCAGUCGCAGCGGAGGCGGGAAGCAUUUUGUUUAAAAGCCUGCUGGGAAGUUGGGAGCCCGCAGCAAGGAAGGCGUUCUUUCUCUGUUAGCCCUGGAUGCAGUUUCCCUGAUCUGCAUCGUCUUCUGCCGUUAUUAUUUUAAAAUCCAGUAGACAGCUCACAGAAUGGGAGAAAACACGUGCAAAUCUUAAAUCUGAUAAAGUUGUAUAAUGCUUAAAGAACUACAACAAAAAGAAACCCAGUUCAAAAGUGGCAAAGGAUGUGAAUAGAUGCUUCUCAAAUGACCAGUAAGUGCGUGAGAAGAUGCUCAGCCCAACCAGCCAUUAGGAACAUUCAAAUCAGAACCACAGCGAGGUAACAUCUGACGCCUGUUAGUGUGGCUAUUAACAACAACAAAAAAAAUUGGAAAUAGUUCAACUACUCAUCUUUGUUCUUCUUUAUUUACUAGAAGUUUAAUCAAAUAGCUAUGUAGACUGCCUGGCCUUCAAAGACCACUUUCUAAAGCAUCUUGAAAGACAACUGUAAUACUGAAAGUUUUAAAAGAUUGUAAUCGUGUGUGUUGUAACAGAAGGAAGAAUGGAAGUAUUCCAGGAGCUUCGUAAACCAUCAGCACGUUUAGAAUGUGACCACUGCAGUUUCAGAGGCACAGACUAUGAAAAUGUCCAAAUCCACAUGGGUACCAUCCAUCCAGAAUUUUGUGAUGAAAUGGAUGCUGGUGGGUUAGGUAAAAUGAUAUUUUACCAGAAAAGUGCAAAGUUAUUUCACUGCCAUAAAUGCUUCUUCACCAGCAAGAUGUAUUCUAAUGUGUACUAUCAUAUCACAUCUAAACAUGCAUCCCCAGACAAAUGGAAUGAUAAACCCAAAAGUCAUUUGAACAAAGAAACAGACCCUGUGAAAAGCCCUCCUGUUCCUGAACACCAGAAAAUGCCCUCUAGUGCAGUGGGACUCUCAAAACCCAUACCUGCUCUUUGCAUAGAAACACAGAAACUUGACCCAGUUUUGUCUCCAGAAUCACCAAAACCUACUGUUAUUCCUCUGGAGCCUCAGAAACCUGCCCCUGUUACUCCUGAGCUACAGACACCUCCUCUUCUUUCUCCUGAGCCUUCAAAACCUGCCGCUGUUUCUUCUCCUGAACUUCCAAAACCAGUCCCUGUUGUUUCUGAAUCUCAGAAGGUUGUCUCUGUUCCUUCUCCAGAACCACAGAAGCUUGCUCCUGUAUCUCCUGAGCCAGUAAAAGCUACUGUUACUAAUCCCAAACCCCAGAAACACUCUCAUUUUCCAGAAACAUUGGGGCUACCUUCAGCCACCUCUCCAGAGUCACCAGUUCUAGCUACUUCCCCUGAACCUUGGGGGCCAUCCCCAACUGCAUCUCCAGAAUCUAGAAAGUCAGCCCGGACUGCCUCCCCUGAGCCAAGGAAGCCAUCCCCAUCAGAGUCUCCUGAGCCUUGGAAGCCAUUCUCUGCUGUCUCCCCAGAGCCUAGGAGACCAGCCCCAGCUGUGUCACCAGGUUCUUGGAAGCCAGGGCCACCUGGAUCCCCUCGGUCUUGGAAAUCCAGUCCUGCAGCAGCAGCAUCAGGACCUUGGAAGCCAGCUAAACCAGCUCCCUCAGUGUCUCCUGGACCUUGGAAACCAAUUCCUUCUGUAUCACCUGGACCUUGGAAAGCAACUCCCUCUGUGUCACCUGCAUCUUGGAAAUCUUCGUCAGUCUCACCUGGUUCCUGGAAAACUCCUCCGACAUCUCCUGAGUCUUGGAAGUCUGGCCCACCAGAACUCCGAAAGACAGCUCCCACAUUGUCACCUGAACACUGGAAGGCAGCUCCCCCAGUGUCUCCUGAACUCCGCAAGCCAGGCCCACCCCUGUCCCCAGAGAUACGUAGUCCAGCAGGAUCUCCGGAGCUCAGGAAACCUUCAGGGUCACCAGACCUUUGGAAGCUUUCUCCUGAUCAGCGGAAAACCUCUCCUGCUUCAGUUGAUUUUCCUGAGUCCCAGAAAGGUUCUCGUGGUGGUUCUCCUGAUCUCUGGAAGUCUUCCUUUUUUAUUGAAGCUCAGAAAUCCACCGUCUUCCCUGAGACCCGAAAACCAGGUCCUUCUGGGCUGUCUGAGUCCCCCAAAGUGGCCUCAGAUAUCUGGAAGCCUGUUCUUUCUAUGGACACUGAGCCUAGAAAACCUGGCCUGUUUCCUGAGUCUACCAAAACAGCCCCUCCUGCUUCUCCUGAACCACGAAAACGUGCUCUUUUUCCAGAGCCUCGGAAGCAUGCCCUUUUCCCUGAACUUUCCAAAUCUGCCAUAUUCUCAGAAUCUCAGAAGGCAGUUGACCUUGGUGAUGAACUACAAUUAGAUGCCAUAGAUGAUCAAAAGUGUGAUAUUUUGGUUCAGGAAGAAUGUGUUACACCUAAGAAACUCUUAGAAGACACUUUAUUUCCUUCCUCAAAGAAGCUCAAGAAAGACAACCAGGAGAACUCAGAUGCUGAGCUUAGUAGCAGUGAGUACAUAAAAACAGAUUUGGAUACAAUAGAUAUUAAAGGCCAAGAAUCAAGCAGUGAUCAGGAGCAAGUUGAUGUGGAGUCUGUUGAUUUUAGCAAAGAAAACAAAGUGGACAUGAGUAGUUCAGAGCAGUUCAAAAAUGUACUACAAUUUACUGAAGAAAAAGAAGCUUUCAUCUCUGAAGAGGAGAUUGCAAAAUACAUGAAGCGUGGAAAAGGAAAGUAUUAUUGCAAAAUUUGUUGCUGUCGUGCUAUGAAAAAAGGUGCUGUUUUGCAUCAUUUGGUUAAUAAACACAAUGUUCAUAGCCCUUACAAAUGCACAAUUUGUGGAAAGGCUUUUCUUUUGGAAUCUCUCCUUAAAAAUCAUGUAGCAGCUCACGGACAAAGUUUACUUAAAUGUCCACGUUGUAAUUUUGAAUCAAAUUUCCCAAGAGGCUUUAAGAAACAUUUAACUCAUUGCCAAAGCCGGCAUAAUGAAGAGGCAAAUAAAAAGCUAAUGGAAGCUCUUGAACCCUCGCUGGAAGAGCAGCAGAUUUGAUUUUAAACACAAUGUAAUUACCUGCCAUAUAAAGGUGUCUGUUGAAACCAUUCUUUGAAAGUAAAGCUGAUGAAAUAACAUAGUUGGCCAGUAGCUGUUAGUGUGUAUGAUGUACCCUGUCUCAGUUGUGUUACAAAGGACAAGCAUUUGGUUAUUUUUUUCAUGGUCUCUAUGUGGCUAUAGAAAUUAAUAAAUUUCUACUGUAUAUUCCAAAUGGAUAAAAGUUUUUCAUUUAUGUUUGAAUAAUAAUAUGAAGGUGUAGGCAUUCCAUUUAACAAUCAAGAGCAAGUUGUACUAAGACCAUCUAGUUUAAGUAUUUGUGUGUGAAACUAAAUUCAGAUAAUAGAAAUUUUUAGUUGGAAUGUUUAAAAUUAGGCAUGAAAACUAAGUUUGAAAAAAUUUUGUUCUCUAUUUUUAAAUCAUAAGAGUUAUUUUCUGUUUGAUCACGUAAAAUUAAUUUAUAAAUCUUAAACAGUUUUAGGUGUUCAUUAGCUUUUAUGUCAUGGAAAAUUGGAGUCUCAGGGUUGCAGGUUUUUGUUAAUAGGGAAAAUUGAGUAAGUGUUUAAAAUAGUUUGCACCCUUCUACAGGAGACAAAGAGAAAGGUGAGUGUGAUUUUAGUUAGGUCUUUCUUGUCCUUGUCUUUAAUGGAGUCUUCCAUUCUGUAUCUUAUUCUAAGAUCUGGCCAUUCACUUUCCUGCCAGCUCACAAUGAUAGAUGGUCCUUAAUUGCCAAAUGUGUUUGAGCUUGUUUGUCCUACUCCUGGGCAUUACCUGUUACGGCUUUAGACCAGAGUAAUGAGUAGGAACUGAAAGUCUUCCAGAUUCACAAUAGAAAAUUUUAUAGUCGUUUCUGUUUGAGAAUUGUAUCAAUUUUAUGUUUAUCAUAGUUCUGUUACUGUAAAUACCUUGUACCUGUUCAUGGAUUAUUUUCUUCUUAAAAAUUUUGUCAAAUGUGUAUCAAUCAAAUUUAAAAAAGGCUUUCAUGUCA